AAAUCUGGGGAAUGUUGAAAACGAGUGAAGAAGAAAAGCCAGCCAUCAGCCAAGCCACCCAAGGCAGUCAACAUGGCGGACGGAGUAGAUAUCGAUCUCUAUGAUAAUAUAGAGGAUGAAUUCAGUCAGGAAGCGGACUUUGGUGGUGGUGGAGAUUUGUAUGAUGAUGUUAUUACGGCCUCUUCAAAUCGCUCUAGUGAUGAGCCCCUAGAGCGUUCCACGAGCAACAAACCUCCAUCAAGAUCCAACAGCACCUCCAUGCCGCCCUCCACCUCGGCGACAACCCAUACAGGCAAAAAACACAUGCUGUACAUAGGAAACCUCACAUGGUGGACAACAGACCAGGAUCUGACAGAUGCAAUGAGCUCUAUUGGAGUCUCUGACUUGCUAGAGAUCAAGUUCUAUGAAAACAGAGCCAAUGGACAAUCUAAGGGGUUUGCUCUUAUUAUCGUUGGCUCUGAGCAGUCGUCACGCAUCAUUUUUGACCGACUGCCUCGUAAAGAGCUGCAUGGCCAAGUGCCCCAAGUAAGCCACUUCACCAAGCAGGCAUUGAACCAGUUUGAGGCUCAAGCUCGUAAGACAGGAGGACCUGGGGAUGGAGAUCGCAGAGACGACAGGGGACCACCUGGUCGCGACAGUGCACCAAAUGGCAAUUAUAGAAACGACAAACGCGGCCCGCCUCCAGGGGGCCCUCCAGGAGGACCAGGAUUUCCACCACGCCUGAGUGGACCACCACCCCCAAGGCCAGGUGCGCCGCCAUCUGUGUCAGGACCUCCGCCCCGUGGGGCACCGCCACCGCUUAACUUUGCUCAACUGGUGCGAGCAUGCACAGACUAUCUGUCGACUGCUCCUCCGGGUACCUUGCCUCCAGUGACAGGACCUCCCCCGGGCAUGCCUCCCAUGCCACCUCGCCCUGGCCAAACAGGCCCACCAGGACCCCGAGGGCCCCCGCCAGGGGUAGAGCCACCUCGUAUGGGCAUGCCCCCGCACCUGAGAGGUCCCAUGCCCCCAGUGGACACUCGCGCUCCACCACCUAUCAGGCCGGAAUGGGACAGACCCCCUGGUCCAGGGAGGCCCCCUGUGCCAGGAGGCCCCCCACCUCCCAAGGACUUCCUGAGGGGCCCACCACCUAGAAAUUUAGCACAACCGCCACCACCAGGCACUGCGUUUCCCCCUGGUGGCCCUCCACCACCCCAGCCUGUUCCACCCCCGGGAGUGAGGCCCCCACAUCUGAGUGGACCUGCAGUGGGCCUGCCGCCAGCUAACAACUUGCCACCUGUGUCCAGCGCGCCUCCCCCAGGCCAUGCCCCCCCACCAGGACAUCCACCUUUCUUUCCUCCUCCAAUCUCUGGACCACCACCUGCGAAUCUUGGGAAAGACCGUCUUCUAAGACACCCUUGUAAACAAACAAGUCACCCACCCCCUGAUCCAUAUGGCCGACCACCCCCAUCAACAUACUCGCCAGAGAACCCGUACUCCCGGCCUCCUCCAGACAGUCGUCCCAGACCAGCAGAACUGAGACAGAGCCCGGUCAGGCAUGAACCGCAGGCCCCACCACUGAGUGAUCAGGAGUUUGCCGAGAUUUUCCAACGCAACAAGACUGUUUCCAGCAGCGCCAUCAACCGUGCAGUUCAGGAUGCCAGCUCAGGUGACUUUGCCGGGGCUAUUGAAACUUUGGUGACUGCAAUUUCCUUGAUCAAACAGUCAAAGAUUGCUGGGGACGAUCGUUGCAAAAUUCUGAUCAGUUCCCUCCAGGACACUCUUCAUGGUAUUGAGGAGAAAUCAUAUGGGUCCAGGAGCAGUCGGAGGUCUCGCUCAAGAGAUAGAGAUCGGGAACGUGAACGCCUUGAGAAAAGGCCACGUCAUCGUUCACGUAGCAGAGAGAGAGAUCUAAGGGAGUACCGUGAGCGAUCUCGGGAGCGUGAUCGUGAGAGGGAUCGCCAUUAUGAUGAUCGGCGCGAGAGAGAACGCGAACGUGAACGCAGCGAGAGAAGUGACCGAGGGGAGCGUGAGCGAGAACGCGAGCGUAGUGACAGAGAGAGGGUGGAGCGGGAGCGCAGUGACCGGGAGCGUGCAGACAGAGAACGUGUGGAGAGAGAGCGCAGUGAGAGGGAGAGAAGUGACCGGGAGAGAGAGUACAGCAGCAGUCGCCGACACUGAGCUCCUCCUGUUCUUCAUCUUCAUCAUCACCACAGAAGUUGAGAGCGGAGCAGAGCACUCCUCUCGGACCCUCUUUCUUUGUUCUUCUACCUACAGUAUGUCUAGCCUGCUGAGAGCCGCGCACAGCACAGCAUACUACUUAGUCACAUUUCUUCUUGCAGUUCUCCCCAGUCACGAGCUGGACAAAGAUCUCUUCCUCAACUAUGUGUUGUUCAUGUGGAACCAGGAACCUGUGACUUUUGUAUUUGUUUGUGUGGAGAGAGUGACCAGUGAUGUGUGUGUUGUUGGUGUGGAAAGAGUAAGCUGAGAAAUGUGUGCCUGUGGAGAGGAAGGGGAGAGAUACAUGUGUGGGGAGUUUGUGUGACUUGUGUGGAGCUGAAGGGCCACAGUGGGUAGCUGACAUACCCCCCUCUUGUGGGCUCAGGGGGACAUAAAUAACAACUGUUUUGAUGUAAACAUUGUAUCAUGGGCUAGUGUUCAAGGCUUACAAGUUGAUUCUGCAGUUCUAGAGGGUCUGAGUAAGUCGUAGGUAAGAUCUUUGGGGCCUAUAGAUGAAGGAACAGUUCAGGUAGAUUGUGGCCUUGCUGUCUCCCCACCCUGACUUUUAAAGUCCUCAUGGUGGACUAAUUGAUCAGUGCUCUUUGGUGUUGCUGGUUCAUUUGGAAAAAAUACAAGUCCACAUAGGGCUGAGCCAUGUUGCACUGAUGUUCAAGGCAAUUUAUUUUGCCACACAGUCUUGUGUUGAUGUCAGGAGGGAAUUACCUUUGUCCUUCAUGCCGUUGAAUAUUUUCAGUGUGACUGUUGUGUGAAAGUUAAGCUUUGUGUGUAAAACCCCGGUGAUGUUUAUCUAAUUUAAUGAAGUUUGUCAUUUGUAGAUCAAAAUGUAUGUUAAAUUAUUAUUAACCAUGAACAACCAAAUACAGUCAAUAUUUGACAUUUCCCGUUUAGACAUUGCAAUACAGUGAGUGUGUGAUUGCUGCGUGUUGAUGAUACUGAGCAUGAAGGAAUUUCACUCUUUAUAUUUGUAUGUAAGACAAUGAGCAAAACAAAGUUGCAGUGCAGUCCAUGAUUUCUCAGCAAGCAUUCUUGAUGUUGAGAUGUAUCCAGCCAUGGCUCUCACACUUUGGCCAGUGGGUGAUUCUGUCUAGUUUCCCGCUAGAAUCAUACUGUGUGCACAUGUCUCCAGUGCAAGUCCCCGACCCCAUUUGUUUUCCAAGAGAAACUAGCAGAUGUGUUAUGGGACAAUGACUGGUAUUUUGUAUCUGUAUCUCUCAGCAGGAAAAGGAUAUAAUUUGGGAAAGACUUUUAUCUUAUCCCGAUAUCUCAGAGAAGCUAAUGGAUGCACCGGGGAUAAAGACAUAUAUCUUUCCCCUAUUGUUCUAGAAAAGGCUACAGAUAGACUUGUAAUUCAUAUAUCUCUAAAAAGCUCACAGAUAUGCUGUGGAUAAAGAUUUUUUAAUCUCAUUUCUCUAUUUUAGGAAACAUGUACAUAUUGCAUUUUCUGUGUCAUGAAAAAAAAAA